CUCCCCUUUCCCCCGGGCUGUGAACACUGACACUGACACUGACACUUGGUUGGCCGGCCCGUCCCCGAACCCCUGCUAAUCCAUAAUAGGCUGGUUUCCAGAACAUUGGCCCUGUCCAGCCGCCCGCGGCUGUCUUCGAGUCCUCUUUCCAUCACUGCACCCUACAUCAACCACAGUGCCUACUAGUAGUUACCUAGUAGUAGCUUAUCAUAUACAUCCAUCCAACCGCAAAAUGCACCCUCCAGAACCACCCAACCACCGCUGGACCCCCUUCGCCAUCCUCACCCCCCGCCUCAUAAUCCUCCCCACCCCAAUCGCCAUCUCCUCCCCCACCUACCGCAAACUGUACGCCUCCCUCCACGCCAACCCCGACUUCUGCACCAUGGGCUUCGGCGCCCACUUCCCGGCGCGCCAAUGGACCGACCCGGAAACCCGAGACGUGAUUCAAGCCGGCGACAUCGCGCGCUGCUGGCGCGUCCGCGGGAUGGGCGACUGCGCCGUGGGGCUACGUCCUUCCUCCCUCCCCAUCCCCAUAGCCGCGGAAUCCACCUCCAGCCCCGACAUCACCAUCUUAACAGGCGAGGAUGUCACCCGUCUACCCACCGAUCUGGAUGCGAUCGAGUGGGUGGGCUACGCCGGCGUCCGCGACGGCACGACGACCUCGAUCCCCGCCCGCGAGGCCGGCGACCCGCCCCUUCCGCCGUGGGAGGAGAUGGUCGAGGUGCGCUACGGGGUGGCGCCGGGGCAUUGGGGCAGGGGGAUCGCGGCGGAGGCGGCGGCGGCGGUGAUGCGGUGGGCGGUGGCGAGGCGCGGCGUGAGGAGGUUCAUUGCGGAGACGGAGCGGCCGAAUGUGCGCAGUGCGAGGGCGUUGGAGAAGUUGGGGUUUCGGCGGAGUGGGACGCGGUAUUGGAAGGAGCCGGGGGAGGUGGAGUGGGAGUUGGUGGUGUAG